AUGCUUCUGUGAGAACCUCGAGUGAGGUUAGAGGUUAUGGAACAGUUUUGAAAUUUGGAUUUUAAAUAAAAGAUGUGACUCUGGCAAAUGACAAUAUUAUUAACUAAACGUGAUUAGGAGUUUUGCAUUUACAACUGUUAUUCCCUUACACCACAAAUUUAACAUGAGUUUAUACAUGAUUCGUGCCAGAUUACAAUGUUUAGGAAUACCUACUAGAUUUUUUAAAGGAAAUCACUCUGCAUACUCUUCUAAAAAAGAUUGCGCAAGUCUUCAAAGUUUUAUUCCAUUUAUGAAAUUAUUAGAGAACAGGAGGGAGCAAGCGAAUCGAAGCAUUUUGGUCCAAGUUCAGUCGGCAGAUUCAUACAAAGAACUCUAUUCCUAUUGCAGCACUUUGGGUAUAGUCAAGGAUAUGUUUCACUACAGAGAGGGAACUGACCCAUCUCAUUUUAUUUUAAUUGAAUUUGAAGAACAAUCCCACACAAACAAUGUCUUGAGGGAAAGUACAUACUUAAUAGAUGGUCAGACUAUUCCUACCAGUUCCCAUUUCCUCUGGUUCAGGGCGGCUAACAGAAAAUCGCCCAAAUUAAAGCAAAACAAAAGUGCCUGCUUGCUCAUCACAAACGGAACUGCCAUGAUCAAAGAUGACAAACUCUAUGAAGCUCUUAGUAAAUGCGAAACUAUUUCAGAAGAAAUGGAGAAACUUCACGAACUAACCAAGCUUAAUGAGAUGGGCAGCAGGUUGAGGUUUUUGACUGCCAGGCAAGUGGAAGGCUUGAUGUCUGGACUAUUUCCCAAGGCUCGGGCCUACCCAUUUGGUUCGUCUGUCAACGGAUUUGGUAAAAUGGGAUGUGAUUUAGAUUUGAUUUUGCGACUCACAGAUGAGAAGGAAAAAGAACAUAGUCGGUUGGUGUACCACUGCAAAGCAUCAUCGAGUUCAGAAAGAAGCGCUAACCAAAAAAACAUGGAGGUUAUUGGAGACUUGAUUUAUUUAUUUUUGCCCGGGUGUACCCAGGUUCGGCGCAUACUACAGGCUCGGGUGCCCAUCAUAAAAUACCAUCAUCAAUUAACAGAUAUUGAAUGUGAUUUGUCCAUGACAAAUAUGUCAGGAGUUUACAUGUCAGACCUAUUGUACAUGUUUGGCGAGAUGGAUUACAGGGUGAGGCCGUUGAUUUUUACGAUACGAAGGUGGGCGAAAGAAGUAGGUCUAACCAACUCGUCGCCUGGCAGAUGGAUCACUAAUUUUACUUUGACGCUUUUAGUUCUGGCCUACCUUCAGAACCCUCCAAACUCCCACCCCGUAUUGCCUAGCCUAAACUCGUUGGUUCGAUCAGCAGGACCUGAAGACGCGUUCGUCACCGAAGAUGGCACUGACUGCACUUUCGCCCGCGACCUAAGAAAAUUAACUUUUGCAAAGUCGAAUGUCGGGAGCUUGGAGCAACUGCUAGUAGGUUUCUUCGAGUACUACUGUCAUUUCGAUUUCAAUUCGAUGGCGGUGUGCCUGAACGAAGCUGUCCACCUCACCAAACCCGACCACAGCCCGAUGUACGUGGUGAACCCGCUCGAGAAAGGUUUAAACGUCAGCAAAAACGUCAGCCACGAGGAAGUAGAGCGUUUCAAGUGCGAAGUAAAGAACGCCGCAUGGGUACUGGAGUCUCAAAACGACGGAAGACUGACUGGCCUCUUCGAGAGUGGAAGAAGAAAACCGUUGUCCCGGAUAAAUUUUACCGAGUCAACGAAAUCGAAACGUCUAAUGAAUGUGACAACGUUGUUCAAGGAGGCGGAAGAUGAAGAACAGACAGAAGAGUAUAAGAAUGACACCAUGGCGAGUCAGGUGAAGAGCAUAAGGAAAGAGACGAAGGAGAGAAUAAAAAUGUUGGAGGCGGCGAUGGGGCAAAAAUCGCGGAGAUAG